AAACCCUAGAUCAAAUGGAGAGGGAAGGGCAAGGGGAGAGGGAAGAAGGAAAAGGAGGGAAGGGAAAGAAGGGGAUGGUGAUUGUGUAGCUAUCCUUGUCAUUUGCAAAAGGGAAGAAGAGGACAAUGGAUGUAAAUGGCUGCUAGUCAAGAUUAAUCCAGAAUUUGUGAUUCUUAGUAUCAAGAAACAAAGUUUUAGCAGUCUUAUGAUGUCAGAUGCUUCAGUUCCUCAUAGUGAACACAAGGAUCUAGGACCUAAUUACUUUGGUUACCAUAUACGGGAAAUGGUUGAAUUGUUAUCUCAAGAUGAGGAAUUCCUUUCGCCUUUCUCCUCUCAAACUCAUGAAUCAUCUGCAACAUGUGCAAAGGUCCAAGCUAAGAUCAUUCAUGAUGAAUGUGGUAGAGAAUCUAAAACUUUUGCUGCUUCCAGUUCUUUAUUUUGUGAUGGCAUAGGAGAUGGACUACCGGACUUUAAGAGAGAAAGAUUAAAGGCAUCUCUCAAGGAAAGUGUGCUGUCCCUGAAUCAAGAAGUUGAUGAGAUGGUAGGUCCUGUUAUGGCUAUGUGCAAAAUAAAAGCAUAUCUAAGGGAAAAAGAGGGUUUACCAAGCAGUUCGAGUGCAUCAAGCACAGAUUUGAGCCAACCUUCAUGUAAGAAGCAGAAGAAAUCCUCUUCCCCUCCAUUGAUUGGUAGCAAGAUGCCUGCGGAAACGGGAGGUUUUGGAGGGGUGGAUGAUGAUCUGCGGAUUAUUUUAGAAAAUGGUGGAUUGGAGGUUGAGGAAACUGUGAAGAAAUAUUCUGAUGAAUUAUUUGCAAAGCUAGGGCAUAUGGAGCAGCAGCUUGAAGAACUUCUAGAUAUCGUGAUGUCAAAGAGCAGGUCAAUGACCAUUACUGAGAAGCAAAAGCUUCGCAAGCUUAUUCAGGAGCUUCCGCCAAAAAAUCUAGACCGUAUUGUAGAAAUUGUCCUAGGUAAGAGGCCACAAGAUUGUCGACCUUGCGAUGAGGUCUAUAUUGAUUUGGAGAAUGAGGAUAACGUGACACUUUGGAGGUUGUAUUACUAUGUUGAGGCGGUUGCAAGUGCGAAAAAGCUAGCAUCGUAGGUGGAGAUUAGCUUUCUUUAUGAGGAUUCACCAAUGGCCGCCAGUGUCUUAAGAGUUUUUGGCAUACUCUGGCAAUCUGUGCUUCUUGAAUUUUAGGUGGUUUU